AUGGCCUGGCUGAGAGACACGAUAACUCGAACCUCUCGCCAAGUGAAGUGGAGAUCACUCCUGCACGAAUACAAAUUUACCGUGGUUCAUCGGCAACUAACACGUGAACAUUAUGCAGAUGCUUUCUAUGAAAAUCCAGUGAAACAAUCGGACCCUGAGAACGAGUUUUCUUCAUCAGAAUCAGACUCUGAACCCGAAUCAUUUAACGUUCUCCCGAUUACGAAAUCACCCACUAAACCCAUCUUGAAACCAGAAUCGGAACUUCCCCGGAAAGUUAACCCAAGAUUGAGGGAUGUGAACCUGGAUGAAUCAACAAUGGCGUCAAGAAUACGCCUUAGAAGAGGAUCAGAAGGUUCUGGAAAAGAACGAAUAAACUAUAGAGAGGCUAGAACAUACAGGCCGAGAUUGGAUAGCGCACCAACCGGUACAACAACUGAAAACCCUGCAAAACCAUCAUCAGUUGAGGCAGAGCCCGGAAAGAAGAAACGGGGGCGCCCACCAUCCAAACUGGCCACUACAAAGCCAGAAAUAACGGAUGAAAAGCCUACAGACCAGACUCCUAAAGAAAAGGAAACAGAGGUCGAUGCAAUAAUAGACAUCAUAGAAGCAGACGACCCUCAGAACGACCCUUUAUUACUGUUAUGGACGCCGACUCUUUUGAUGCACGCAUCGAGUCAGAGGAUCAAAAUGAGCAAGCUGAACAUACUCCUCCACGCAAAAGUAUGAUCCCACGGGGAGGGCCUAUAACACCCCAAGAAAUGAGAGAAAUAGGAACCACCAUGAUGACUCAUAAAGACUGGAUGGAGAAACAUCAUCAGAAAACUCCAUCUCCAGAGAGCGUGGAAUUAUCUCCAAGGAAAGAUCUAAGUCAACUCCACGAGGAUUUUCAUAAGUUAUUAAAAGAAUCGACAAAGAAAUUCAACAAGGUUCUGGAGGAGAUGAAAACGAAACCUGCAAUCAAACAAUCAACCCCCA